AUGGCUGCGUUCAGCCCCAAAAGAACGUUAGCGAUUAUUGUGUUGUUGGUGUUGUGCGACGGAUUGGUCGUGUCGGCAUCGUACGGCGGUUCGUUUGUAAGUUUGGUGGAAGUCGUCAACCACACAAAGUUCACCCAGGAUGACACCAAAGAUUUGUACGUCAAUUUGACAGUUGGCAUGUAUGGACAAGGACUCAACGAAAACAUAAAAAUCAGGCCCACCUCUAGAGUUGCGUUACGUGGCUCUGAGUGUUAUAAAAACCAUCCUAUGAAGAACAUUGAUUCUGACAGCCAUGUUUUCAAACAGUUGUGGACAAAUGGUACAUACUUGUUGAUGAGCAUCACGUUCAAGUUUGAUCGAGACUUGACCACACGAAACGUAUACUUGUGCACUUACGAGCCGCGAAAACCACCUAAUGGACUUACCUCAUCGCUGUGGAGCGUGUUCAGUGGUUCCAGCGACGACAGUGAUGGUCGAUGGGUGAACCAGGGUGAUUCGGUAGCAAUCAGAUCCGACGAAAUGUCACAGUCCACGGAAAAUUCAUUGGAUUCGUCGCCAAGCAGACGGAGAAGACAACAAGGGACAGGGACAUUAAAAAAUGUUACCCCAUUAGGUACAGCUUACAUAUCUCCAGUAAACUUUUAUGGCUUACGGGUGGAGUACUCUGAUGCAGCUGUAGACUAUGAUGAUCUAGGAGUACCACAGUUACUGGUUCAACGAAAUGCGUCGUUUCGUUUGUUUGGUAGUGACUGGACUGAAAAAACAAUAUUUGUUCUAACGGAAAAAAUUGGUGAAAAAGGUGGUCCGUGUGAGUUUCCCGUUGGAGAAAUUCAAGGAGUAACUAUUUUACAGAACGAACCAAACACAGCCCUAAUAAAUAUCAUCUUGCCACAAGCUAGUAAAGCAGGUACGAUAUUCUACUUCUGUUCGAAAGAGAGCGAUAAGACCGGUGCGAUUUGGACACAUAUGGGUAGUGAAUAUUACAAAAAAGUUGGAGUAUACGAAAAAAUGCUACCUUUCUGGCUACAGGUUGCUAUAAUUCUCACUUGUCUGUCAUUUUCGUCCCUUUUCUCCGGUCUAAACUUGGGUUUGAUGUCGUUGAACCGAAUGGACCUGAAGAUCAUUUGCAACACGGGUACAGAGGCUGAGCGAAAGUACGCCAAAGCUAUCUUGCCUGUGCGUAUUCAUGGUAACUACUUGCUAUGUAGUAUUCUAUUGGGAAACGUCAUGGUCAAUUCGAUAUUUACCAUUCUGUUGGACGACUUGACGUCCGGCUUGGUGGCAGUCAUUACUUCUACACUGGCCAUUGUCAUCUUCGGUGAAAUCACACCACAAGCUGUUUGUUCACGUCACGGAUUGUGCAUCGGUGCAAAAACCAUUUACGUCACGAAAACCGUAAUGGUGCUUACUACCCCGCUGUCUUGGCCCAUCAGUAAGGCUUUAGACUGGGCGCUCGGCGAGGAAAUUGGUAGCACAUACAACAGGGAACGCCUCAAAGAAUUAGUCAAGGUUAGUGGUACUAAUUUUCGGUUAUAUUUACGUUUAAACUUUAAAUUGAGUAUACUAUGGUUUUAA